AUGAAUCGAGUGAUCAGCAUCGGCUUAUUCAUUUCAUUUGCAAUCCUUUGCGAGUAUCAAGUCUCAGCUCUAUGCCAUGCACUUGGUCCAACUUGGGGAACUUUUCAACAAAGAACUGAAUUAGAUGAUAUCUUACCGGAAGUUUGUCGUCAAUUAUCAGGAAUUUAUCCACCGGAAUCUUCGGCUUCGAGAUGUAUCAAAAGUACUAUAACCGGGUAUAGAAGAUACGACUUUUAUUGGAAAAAUACUAUGACGGAAGAACGUGAACUUGAUUAUAAUGAAUGUAUCGAAUUCAUUAGAUCUGAUAUCAGAUUUUGUCCUAGAGGUGCUAGUAACUUUAGGUCACCUGAUUGGUAUUGGAUCUCUGACCCGGCUGAUGGAGAUUGCGAUUGA